UCUGGCAACAGAUGCAACAAAAUAAACAGAGCAAGAGAAGUGAUUGCAUGUAAGCGUGGCCUGGUUUGUGAGAGUCCAUGGAUCCUACAAUAAAGCCAAAUCCUGGACACUGGUUUUGGAAGGAAGACACUAAAACGUUGGAAUUUUCAAGGUAUAUGAGUAACAACGCAUUUACAGAUUCCAGAGAAAGAAUUAAAAAGGGCAGAGCAAUACACUUCCAGGAUAAUCUAACCAAAGCACCAGACAGUUACUUCUGCGCUCUACCUGGAGCUAAAUCCCCCAUUUUCAAUGACAGAAUGCCCAAAUCUCCCAGGCAAGCCAAUAAGCGAGACGAGUAUGUCACACUAGAAGAUGUCAAGUGUGUUGCCUUAAAUUUGUUGCAGGAACAGGAAAGACAAUGCAUAACUUCAUUUUCUACAGCUGUAAGAUCUCAGCUUCUGGAUGAAUUCCUUAUGGCCCUACUUUAUUAUCUUUCCUGCUAUUUGCAGAAGCAUUCCCUUGAAACCAAGCCAAAAUCUUUGAUGCUAAAUCCUAGUAUUUUUGAAAAACAAGAAAUAACUGAAGUACUGACAAGAAUGGAGAGUGCCCUAAAGCACUUUGCUCAUCUGUACUGCAUUAUUGUGCUCGGAGAAGGAAUGAUGGAACAGCACCACAUGGCCUGUGGAAAGAACAAAGCAUCAGCAACAAAUAAGGAUCGCAGAUUCUAUGAGUGCCUAUACAGCUACUGUAUAUACAUUGCCUGGGUUGUAUUUAGACGUAAGGAUCUGAAUGUAAUCGAAGAGGAAGUUGGUAGGCUUCUACGCUCCAAUGCAUUUAAUCCUGCAUUACGACCAAAAGAUGUCCCCAAAGAUCAAAGCUGGAACAUAUAUGUGGAAAAAAAGAAAUCAAAGAAGAAAACAACUUAUGUAGAGAACAGGAAAGAGAGUAUUAAGCGACCUGCAAUAAAGAGUAUCCUGACACAGUGCUCUCCAACACUCACCUCCUUAAUCCCCUCACCCAAAGAAAGAUCCAACUACCUCUUCCACAAACACACCCUACAUCCAAGUAGCCAGUUGGGGGUCUCAGAUACAGUGAACUGGCUUGAUAUGUCUCCUUCCUUUAUUACACCAAGGAUUGGAAUAUUAGGAGAACCUCUGAAAAACUUCCAUCUUCAUAGCCUCAUCCCUGUAGGGGCAGAGGAAGAGGAGGAGGAGAAGCCUGAAACAAGAGGGGAUAAAAGCACAGCUUCAUUCUAUUCACGUGGCCUGCCCUCUCACCAGUCUCACGUACGGCCAGGAACAGGUCGGCAAAGCAUUAUGUCUAGAGCAACCACUGAAGCAGCUUACUCUGACACAGAUUAGUUUUCUCCAGACCUGUCUGUGGCUUUGCACCUUAUCUAGCUUUGUGUACAUCUAACUCAUGAAAUGGAUUUUUCCAUGCCUAACCAGUGCUUUUCCUGGAAUUUUUCAUGAUGAAUACAGACAUGAAUAUUUUUUAAAUCAAUUAUUAAAAUAUCUUCUACAGCACAGUCAAUUGGUCAUACUUGGGCUUUAAAGAGCAGACUUUAAGACUCUUCCCCACAGAAAAACAUAGAAAAUUGCCCACCCACCACAGCCAGAACAUGACCUAGAGUGCUCUGUGGAUGUAGUGAAAUUCGGAUGAAAACAGACGCUACAGCACAGUAGACUUUAAGUGGUGUAUGUGUUUUGUGAUGUUUCGGUUCCAGGGAAGCAGAAAUUAUUUGUACUCCUCUGACUACACUACACUCAUCUAGCGGUUACAUGUAAUAAACAAGGACAACAACUAUG